AUGAAUGUACGGCCCAAGGAAAAAAAUAUCUUCCCGUUCUGUCCUACCAAUUACAUCUUCUGUAGCAGCCAUCUUUCUUUUCGUUUCUUUUUUUGUCUGUCAUUAGCUUUCUUUGUCGAUUAUUUUCCUGCUUUUUCCUCCGUUCUUUUCCUUAAUUCAUUUUUCGGAUUCUUCUUUGUGAGCAGCUUUCUUUCUUUCUUUCUUUCUUUCUUUCUUUCUUUCUUUCUUUCUUUCUUCCGUUAUUUUUUCUUUGUUAAUACCCAUCUUCUUUCUUUCAUGAUCGUUUUUUCUCCAAUCAUUUUUCCUUCCUUUCUUUCUUUCUUUCUUUCUUUCUUUCUUUCUUUCUUUCUUUCUUUCUUUUGUUUCUCCCUCCAAACCCUCUUUCUUUCUUUCUUUCUUUCUUCCUUUCUUUCUUUCUUUUACGAUAAUUUUCCAGUCUUUUCUUUCUUUCUUUCUUUCUUUCUUUCUUUCUUUCUUUCUUUUACGAUAAUUUUCCAGUCUUUUCUUUCUUCCUUCCUUCCUUCCUUCCUUCCUUUCUUUCUUUCUUUCUUUCUUUCUUUCUUUCUUUCUUUCUUUCUUUGUUAA